CAUUUUAGCCCGUUUAGAGUUUCUUGGAAAGAGGUCCUGCAAAACUCUACAAACGCAUUUAAAACAGGAAAGCUCAUCUGCCUAGAAAAGAAAAGAAACCCUAUCUGCUUUGUUUUACGGUUUUAGGAUGCUUUCAAUGUUUAAAUCCAUUCCGACCCAUAUGGACUAUAAAGGACAGAAACUUGCAGAGCAAAUUUUCCAAGGAAUCAUUCUAGUGGCAGCAGUGAUCGGAUUCAUCUAUGGCUUAUUUAUUCACCAGUUCGGGUGGACAGUUUACAUAAUGUUGGCUGGAUUCGCAGUAUCCUGUUUGCUCACUCUGCCUCCCUGGCCGAUGUACAGGAGAAAUCCUCUCCAUUGGCAGCCAGCCAUACCCGAGACAUCUGGAGAGAACCGUGACAAACCUCAAGAGAACCUAAAGAAGAAAAAGCACAAGUGAUUCACAGAUUUAAUUUGGAUU